AUUCUGCAACUCGUCCAUGUUUCACAAGAAGAUAAACGAAAAACAACAGGAGAAGAAAAUGACCCUGCUACAUGGAAAAACUCAAGACACCUUUCUAAAGGUUUCCUUUAUCCAUUUGCUUUUGACCCUUUUUUUCUCUUAUGCCUGCAUGUGUGCUUAUGUACUAUUACAGGCUGUGUGCAUUUUUUUUUCUUCCAUUUUUAUUUGCCCAUCCACAUUGAUUGCAGGUUUUAGUGGUUCUUGUUAUUUUUUUGGCAUUGCAUCAAAAUGCAAGCUUUUUUGGUGGUGAAUGUAAUUUAUUUUAUUUUUAUUUUUGAAGACGUGCUUGUGAAGUCAGGCCUUUUUAAAUAUAAUAAGAUAAAGUAGAAACAGCUCUUUGGUAUGUAGUACUUGCAUUUUGUGAGUUCUGUUCACCUAGAUUACUCCAGUCCUCCAAUGAGACUUCUUGGAAGAAGGUACUAAGCUACAAGUAGGUGAGCAUUUUAUCUGCAAAAAGGAUCCGGUUUUAUUUACCUUUAUCCCACCAAAGCAUUGACUCACUCUUCUAUUUAUCUGAAUAUCUUAUAAUCAUUUUUAUUUAGACUUCAGGUGGCUGAUAUGCAUUAUUCAAUAAACUUAUUAAGAUAUUUUAACCUUCUCUAAAUUUGACAAAAGCAAAACAGCUGUGUUUGGAGGAGAUUAAAGUUAGAUUAUCUUUCCACAAUUAAACAGUUCUAGUUUCUCUAGGAAAAACAGAAUGUAUCUUGCUCUCCAAGUUUUAGACUACUUCACACAGUGCAACAGUGAAUCUAUUUUCCUCUUUCAGCAAGUACAAGAGGAACAGACCUAUGACUGGAAACUAAUGGAGAGUGGCAACUCCUUACGCUGCAUAUACCAGGGUUCUUGUUUUUUCUUUUCUUCCAUUUUAUUUCUUUCCUGCCUCCAGUUCCAAGGGAAAAGUCUUGACCCUGGGGGAAAAUCACCUUGAAAGUGUGUGUAAAUUACAAAGCAGCUAGCUCUAUAAUAAUGAGAGAGCUCUUUAAAGGAACAGCAAAUUGUGACUCUACAGGUAACCAACAGGAAACCAAAUUUUUAAAAAGAACUGAAGAAUUAGCUGUUUCAUUGACACAUUGUAAAAUUUUUCCUUGAGUCAUAUGUGUAAAUCUGUUACAUACGGUUUUUGCACUACUCAGUGGGAUUCUUAAUUUUUCUUCUUAGCCCCUAACUUUACUUUCGUCAGAAAACUGCUUUUAUACGUAAGAUGUUUAAAACCAAAGAAUAUUCCUUUUACUGUAAUAUAACUUCACCAAAAAAAUGAAGAGAAAUAAACAAUUUUAUUUGCAAAAUCUAGAUUUCAGCUGGUGGGAAGACAUGUGAGCAGCUCUGCCUGAAGUUGGUCAUGUUUUUGAAAUACACCAUACAAUUUUUAAAAUAUAAUUUAGCAGAAAAUACAAUUUUAGAAAAAUAUAAUUUAGCAGACUUUAAAAUACUUGUUAACUUAUACUUAAUGGCAGAAUUAAAUACAAGUUAACAAGUGUUUUAUUAUGUUGCCUUUUUGAAUUCCUAAAGAUAAAAAGUAGUUUCCAUAGUUUCUAAUAAAUGAGUUUUUCUUUUUCCAGGGGUGGAAGCAGAAGAAUGGGGUAAAUUUCUUCACACCAAAAAUAAGCUUUACACGGAUUUUGAUGAAAUUCGACAAGAAAUUGAAAAUGAAACAGAAAGAAUUUCAGGAAAUAAUAAGCCAAAAGGCCGAGAAGCGAUGGACAUUGAAAAUUCAUAAUGGACUUUGAAACAAAUGGAAUAUUUUCACAAGGAGUAAGCCCUGAACCAAUUCAUCUUAAGAUUUUUUCACCCAACGUUGUCAAUUUGACACUUGUGGAUUUGCCAGGAAUGACCAAGGUGCCUGUAGGUGAUCAACCUAAGGAUAUUGAGCUUCAAAUCAGAGAGCUCAUUCUUCGGUUCAUCAGUAACCCAAAUUCCAUUAUCCUCGCUGUCACUGCUGCUAAUACAGAUAUGGCAACAUCAGAGGCACUUAAAAUUUCAAGAGAGGUAGAUCCAGAUGGUCGCAGAACCCUAGCUGUAAUCACUAAACUUGAUCUCAUGGAUGCGGGUACUGAUGCCAUGGAUGUAUUGAUGGGAAGGGUUAUUCCAGUCAAACUUGGAAUAAUUGGAGUAGUUAACAGGAGCCAGCUAGAUAUUAACAACAAGAAGAGUGUAACUGAUUCAAUCCGUGAUGAGUAUGCUUUUCUUCAAAAGAAAUAUCCAUCUCUGGCCAAUAGAAAUGGAACAAAGUAUCUUGCUAGGACUCUAAACAGGUUACUGAUGCAUCACAUCAGAGAUUGCUUACCAGAGUUGAAAACAAGAAUAAAUGUUCUAGCUGCUCAGUAUCAGUCUCUUCUAAAUAGCUACGGUGAACCCGUGGAUGAUAAAAGUGCUACUUUACUCCAGCUUAUUACCAAAUUUGCCACAGAAUAUUGUAACACGAUUGAAGGAACUGCAAAAUAUAUUGAAACUUCAGAGCUAUGCGGUGGUGCUAGAAUUUGUUAUAUUUUCCAUGAGACUUUUGGGCGAACCUUAGAAUCUGUCGAUCCACUUGGUGGCCUUAACACUAUUGACAUUUUGACUGCCAUUAGAAAUGCUACUGGUCCUCGUCCUGCUUUAUUUGUGCCUGAGGUUUCAUUUGAGUUACUGGUGAAGCGGCAAAUCAAACGUCUAGAAGAGCCCAGCCUCCGCUGUGUGGAACUGGUUCAUGAGGAAAUGCAAAGGAUCAUUCAGCACUGUAGCAAUUACAGUACACAGGAAUUGUUACGAUUUCCUAAACUUCAUGAUGCCAUAGUUGAAGUGGUGACUUGUCUUCUUCGUAAAAGGUUGCCUGUUACAAAUGAAAUGGUCCAUAACUUAGUGGCAAUUGAACUGGCUUAUAUCAACACAAAACAUCCAGACUUUGCUGAUGCUUGUGGCCUAAUGAACAAUAAUAUAGAGGAACAAAGGAGAAACAGGCUAGCCAGAGAAUUACCUUCAGCUGUAUCACGAGACAAGUCUUCUAAAGUUCCAAGUGCUUUGGCACCUGCCUCCCAGGAGCCCUCCCCCGCUGCUUCUGCUGAGGCUGAUGGCAAGUUAAUUCAGGACAGCAGAAGAGAAACUAAAAAUGUUGCAUCUGGAGGUGGUGGGGUUGGAGAUGGUGUUCAAGAACCAACAACAGGCAAUUGGAGAGGAAUGCUGAAAACUUCAAAAGCUGAAGAGUUAUUAGCAGAAGAAAAAUCAAAACCCAUUCCAAUUAUGCCAGCCAGUCCACAAAAAGGUCAUGCUGUGAAUCUGCUGGAUGUGCCAGUUCCUGUUGCACGGAAACUAUCCGCUCGGGAACAGCGAGAUUGUGAGGUUAUUGAACGACUCAUUAAAUCAUAUUUUCUUAUUGUCAGAAAGAAUAUUCAAGACAGUGUGCCAAAGGCAGUAAUGCAUUUUUUGGUUAAUCAUGUGAAAGACACUCUUCAGAGUGAGCUAGUAGGCCAGCUUUAUAAAUCAUCCUUAUUGGAUGAUCUUCUGACUGAAUCUGAGGACAUGGCACAGCGCAGGAAAGAAGCAGCUGAUAUGCUAAAGGCAUUACAAGGAGCCAGUCAAAUUAUUGCUGAAAUCCGAGAGACUCAUCUUUGGUGAAGAGAACUAUGUAAUACUGAGACUUUGUUGACUCAAAACUUGCUAGUUACUGCCUACCUGAGUAGAAUCUUAUUUAUGAACUCCUGUGUAUUGCAGUGGUAUGAAUCUGCUCAUGUGAAGACUGGCUAUAAACUGAAAAGUGUAUUCCAUAUUACAGAACGAAUCACACAUUUAAUCCAAAUAAUAAAUGGCUGUUUCUAAAGUUUCCCAGUAUAUGUAAAAUACAUCAAGUCUGUCUUGUGACAGUUUCAUCUGAACUUAAAAAGAACUGUUAAUGUUCUAGCUGUGCAAAGCAGUUUGCCUGUGGAUAAGAUGACCUGUGUAAUAAUCUUCGUUAGUAGUCUCAAAGCUGCUGCCAUAGUCCUCCAAGAAGAAAGCACCAAGACAACAUUUCAUAUGACUAUAAUGCAUGUACUAUAUAAGCUGAUCUGGCUUUGAAAGAUGUGAGUUGGCAAGUUCCUCACAUAGAGUCAUUGUAUUCCACCUGUCCUGCAAUUUAGUUUUUCUGAGCUUCUCUGCAGCCUUUGAUGUGUUUUUAAGAAAGCUGAAUGCACAAGAGGAUCUGUGACACUGACAUGGAUGUGGUGUGCAUACUGUGUAGUUACAUAGCGCUUCCAAUUCUGGGUCCAUUUGCGCUAGCAAAUUAAAAUAUGCUUUGCUUCAUACUUAAACCUGAAAGCUGGAAUGUGUACAUUAAUUCCUACAUUAAACAGCCAUCUACCCUUGAUUAUCUAGAAAGACUUGGUAAUGAUGGCCAGUUCCUUUUAGGUUUUAGAAAAUCAAAUGAUGACCUAAAUUUCCCUUAAUUUGCAAAUACAGUAGUAAUUAAGGUACAUCUCUCUAAAGUGGAGCACUUAAACCAGGCUCUAAGAUUCACUUUGAGGUGGAACUUAAAACCAAUGUACUGUAUGUAUGCACUGGUAAUAACUACUUUUGCUUCAUACCAACAAAAUGUAUUAGAAUAGUAUGAAAGUACUGGAGGAGCUGAAAGAAAAACACCCAAGGCCGGGCGUGGUGGCUCACGCCUGUAAUCCCAGCACUUUGGGAGGCCGAGGCAGGCAGAUCACCUGAGGUCAGGAGUUGGAGACCAGCUUGACCAACACAGAGAAACCCCGUCUCUACUAAAAAUACAAAAUUAGCCGGGCAUGGUGGCGCAUGCCUGUAAUCCCAGCUACUCGGGAGGGUGAGGCAGGAGAAUCACUUGAACCCGGGAGGUGGAGGUUGUGGUGAGCUAAGAUCGUGCCAUUGCACUCCAGCCUUGGCAACAAGAGCGAAACUCCGUCUCAAAAAAGAAAAAAGAAAAAUACCCAGAUACACAUACUCCUUCAGAUUUAAGCUGCAUUUAUGGGGUAGUGAUGAGGUUUAGAACAUAUACAUAUUUUGUUAAAAUUCCCCAGAUGAUUCUUGGUAUGAACCACAACAUUAUAAAUUUUAAGAUAUACUUAGAAAUCCUUAAGACAUCUAGCCCCAUUUCUAAUAGACAACACAUUUAUAUUGCAGAUAAUUUUUUUUUUUUUUUCAGUUUAUGACCCGAUAUUUAUGAAGGACUACUGGCAGGGAAAAUAUGAAUAUGUUAACUUUAGCUUAUGGCACCAAUUUACUAAGGAACAACAGGCUCACCAACUGAUCUCAAACAUAAAAAACCCCACAUCAUCAGUCUGCUCCGAUAUGGUACUACUUUGAAUCUCUUACUAGUACCAUCUUGAGAGAGGAUACAUGCUCCCAAAACGUUACCACACUUAAAAAUCACUGCCAUCAUUAAGCAUCAGUUUCAAAAUUAUAGCCAUCCAUGAUUUACUUUUUCCAGAUGACUACCAUUAUUCUAGUCUUUUGAAUUUGUAAGGGAAACAAAAACAAAAACAAAAACUUUUGAUGCACUUUUCUCAAGCACAUCAGAUUUCAAAUUGAAAAUUAAAGACAUGCUAUGGUAAUGCACUUGCUGGUACUACACACUUUGUACAA